AUGGCGGCGGUGACGGGCGUUCACCGUCACCACUGGUCGGGCUGGAGGAUUGGGGGAGGUUCCCAGUUCGUUCCUCGGAAAGUUAUGCACACCAAUGGCGGCGGCGCGGCGCGUUCGCUCGGCCUCGGCCUCUCCCCAACCAAAGGGGCGGCGCUGGUAUUUCUCUUCCUCCUGCUCAUUGACGGUGCCCUGCUUGCCGCGUCUGCCACCACGGACACCAUCCUCCCCGGCGAGGGCAUCUCCGGGAACGAGACCCUGGUCUCCAGGAGCGGCGGCUUCGAGCUGGGCUUCUUCUCCCCAGGCCCCGGCAUCCACUACUUCCUGGGUGUCCGGUUCCGGAAUAUGGGCCACAGCCCUACCUUCUGGCUCGGGGACAGGGUCGUCAUCACCGACCUGCCCGCCGCGUCGCUGGAGAUCUUCGCCGACAGUCUCUGCAUCAAGCAGAAUGGAGCCAGCCUCCGGUGCAUGCCGUCGCCGGGCGGCAAUGUGUCGUCCGCCGCCGUGGCGGUCCUCCUCGACAACGGCAACCUGGUGGUGAGGGACCAGGGGAACUCCUCCCUGGUCCUGUGGCAGAGCUUCGACUACCCCAGCGACGCGCUGCUCCCCGGAGCUAGGCUCGGGCUCGACAAGGACACCGGGAAGAACGUCUCGCUGACGUUCAAGAGCUUCUCGCACAACGGCAGCCUCAGCGUCGACGCGAACCGCAGGAACGGGUUCGUGCUCACCACCGACGGCCAUGCCAACCGCGGCACCUUCCCGGACUGGAUGGUGUCCUCUCAAGACAAUGGCAGCUCGCUGCUGCUCAAUCACAGGGAGGGCCUGAACAGUACCGAGUUCUUGCAGUUCCAUCUGGGGCAAGUCAGCCUAAUGCGGUACUCGGAGCCGGAUCCCGCCGGAAACGGCACCGGUGGUUGGGUUGCUCGCUGGUCCUUCCCUUCCAAUUGCAAGUCCGGCGGGUUCUUCUGCGGUAAGUUCGGCGCCUGCACGAGCAGCGGGAAGUGCGGCUGUGUGGGCGGGUUCACGCCGUCGUACCCGAUUGAGUGGGGGCUUGGGUACUUCGUCAACGGCUGCUCGAGGUCUCUCCCGCUGAGCUGCGAGUCCGACGGCCAGACGGAGCACGAUGACUCCUUCGCCCCGUUGGACAAGCUGCAAGGGCUUCCUUACGACGCCCAGGAAGAGAUGGCCGGAACUGAUGAAGUCUGCAGAGAGGCUUGCCGGAGCAAAUGCUACUGCAUCGCCUACUCGUAUGGCGGCCAUGGAUGCAAGCUAUGGUACCACAACCUGUAUAAUCUGAGCUUGGCUGCCAGGCCACCGUACAGCAAGAUCUACCUCCGUUUGGGCCCCGCGCCCAGGAACAAGAAAGGCUUGCAAGCAAGAGGAAUUGCAUUAUUGGUCACUGGAUUGAUAUGCUUUGCUUCCUUGAUACUGAUAAUGGUGCUGCUAUGGAGAUUCAGGAGGAAUUCGCUUGCCGCCGGGAAGUUUGAAGUGGAAGGCCCUCUUGUGGUCUACACUUAUGCACAGAUCAAGAAAGCCACGAUGAAUUUCUCCGAUAAAAUCGGCCAGGGGGGAUUCGGAAGUGUUUUCAGGGGAACGCUGCCGGGAUCAACAGACAUCGCUGUGAAGAAUCUCAAAGUAAUCGGGGAAGCAGAGAAGCAGUUCAGAACAGAGGUGCAGACACUCGGAGCGAUCCAACAUAAUAAGCUGGUCCGUCUGCUGGGAUUCUGUGUCAAGGAGGACAGAAGGUUGCUCGUCUAUGAGUACAUGCCAAAUGGCUCCUUGGACGCUCAUCUCUUUAGGGAGAAAUCUGGUGUGUUGAGUUGGAACGUUCGCUACCAAAUUGCACUGGGCAUCGCCAAGGGUCUCGCCUAUCUGCAUGAAGAAUGUGAGGACUGCAUCAUACACUGCGACAUCAAACCCGAGAACAUACUGCUCGACGCGGAGUUCUGCCCCAAGAUCGCCGAUUUCGGCAUGGCGAAGCUGCUGGGACGGGAAUUCAACUCCGCGCUGACCACCAUGCGAGGAACCAUGGGAUACCUCGCGCCGGAGUGGCUGUCCGGGCUGCCCAUCACCAGGAAGGCCGACGUGUACAGCUUCGGCAUUGUGCUCUUCGAGAUCGUCUCGGGGAGAAGGUGCACUGAGGUGGUGAAAAUUGGGAGCCAUCGGUAUUUUCCUCUCCACGCGGCUGCGCAGGUGAACGAAGGGGAGGUUCUGUGCCUGCUGGACGCUCGGCUGGAAGGCGAUGCUAAUGUGGAGGAGCUGGAGGUCAUCUGUAGGGUCGCCUGCUGGUGCAUCCAGGACCAGGAGAACGAUAGGCCGUCAAUGGGGCAAGCUGUUCGCAUGUUGGAAGGUGUCGUGGACGUUGAUAUGCCUCCAAUACCAACUUCGCUUCAGGACCUUAUGGAGGGUGAUGGAAGUGAUAUAUAUCCUGAUUCCUGA